GGAGGGGUCCUCGGCCCGCUCGGCUAGAAGACGAAGGGGGCGGCUCCCCGGCUUCCUGCGGCGUCGGCGGCGAGCUGAGGCGGAGGCUGGCUGCGGCAGCGGCGGCGACAGUGGCGGCGGCGCCAUGGCGGGGCUUGCAGGCGCGCGGGAAGUCUUCUCCCACCCAGAACCCUGGCACACUUACCUGCAGCAGCACGCGGAAGAUGUACCAGCCGAUGAUGAGCAGUUCAGCCGAGGCCGCCGCCACUGCCGCCAUGGCUCCGAGAGCGGAUCCCUGCUGCCUUGGUGAUCCCGGGCUGACAGCCAGAGAGCACAGCGGCUCAGCUCCUGGAGAGUGAGGGCUGAAGAAAGCGGAGGGCAGCCGCCUGCGCCCGCUGGCUCCCAUUAGGUCGGUUCCUGCAGCGGUGCCCGGCAGCCUUGGCGAAGGCUCUGCCCGGCAGAGAUCAUGUAUUGCCUCCAGUGGCUGCUGCCCGUCCUCCUCAUCCCCAAGCCCCUCAACCCCGCCCUGUGGUUCAGCCACUCCAUGUUCAUGGGCUUCUACCUGCUCAGCUUCCUCCUGGAGCGGAAGCCUUGCACAAUUUGUGCCUUGGUUUUCCUGGCAGCCCUGUUCCUCAUCUGCUAUAGCUGCUGGGGAAACUGUUUCCUGUACCACUGCUCCGAUUCCCCGCUUCCAGAAUCGGCGCAUGACCCCGGCGUUGUGGGCACCUAACAGCUCGCCCUGUUAGCUUUCCAAGGAAGCAGAAGACGGGAGGGGAGGCAUUGACAUAGGUCAUAAAGCAUUGGAGUUUCAAAUCCCGCAGCCCCGCGGGUGCCACAUUCCUGACGGCGCCUUUUUGGCCUGUGAUGUUUUAUCCUUAUAAUGUGAAUAAUGGCACUGACUGGUGCUUUUAUCGUAGAGUCCUGUAGUUGUGGGUGGUCUUGUGGUUGUGAGUCUUCUGUCCCCAUCUUGGUCCUGGCUGGCCGGAUGGCCACCCCCUCACCUCAUUACUGCGAGGGGUCUGGACCCAUCCUGAUCCACCAACCCAGUGUGACCUGGGCAGAUAAAAUGCCAGUCUCACUGUCACCUCUGUGACCCCUCCUUGUCAGGGUCCCCUUCCUUCCCAGAAUGUUAUUGACUCCUCAGUCCCUCUCCUAGUUUCCUAAUUUCUCUUCUACCCCUUCUCCUUCUUUGGUGAGCACCUGUCUAGGACAGGGCCCAUUUUUGCACUUAUCUCGAAUCUGAAGAGAUUGCUGACGCCCGAGAGCCUCGCCUUUUCGUCCUUCUUUCCUUACUCAGCAGGCCAGACAGAAACAUGUCUCGCUGUAUGCUGUCCACAGAUCUCCAGUAUUUUCUCCACUUCAUUUUGAAGAAAGGAUGCAACAGCUGUUGCUCUUUCACCUGGGUGUCUGGGCCCAUGCUUUCCCGCCCAGCCUCACUUCCUCUGCCCUUCCUCCUGACUUCCUCGCGAGGAGGGGCUCAUUGUGUCUCCCAUGCAUGCUCUGCAGGAUUGAAGUAUGGUGUGUUCAUGUAGACCUAGCAGUCCCCAGCUGAGUGAAUGGAAGAGUCCUGUGUGUUUCAUAACAGCCAUGAUCCCCUUGAUAGGUGUUUGGAUAUUUUUUGGUGUGCCCUGUGUGUGUGUGUGCAAAUAUAUGUGUAUAUUCCUUUUAAAGAAGCUUUAUCGAACGUGUUCUGAUUUUGAGGUUUAGCAAUAGCUAGCUAUAUAUAGUAGGUACUGCUAUAGUUUUUAUUUAGCAUGGGGAUUGCAGCGUGACCAGCACACUGGACUCCGAUGUUGUUCAGACAAGACAGAGGAGAGCAGUGGCCAUCGUCCUCCUGCCGGGAGCUUCUCCGUUCCUGCGCAUAUAGACUGUACAUUAUGAAGAACACACAGGAAGACGUUGUGACUGUCACUUGCUUCUUUCUUUUUCUGCACUUCAGUAACAAGUAUUGGCAAAUGAGACUUCCUGGCCCUUACCUACUGGGGAUCAUCAUGGUUAUCCUCACAGUUCGAAUCAUCCAUCUCUCUCUUGCCCAAAGGGAGAGGGAGGUGGGCCAGGCAGAGAACAGAACUGGAGGCAGUCCAUCUAGGGAAUGAGACUGCGAGGCCACACUUGUGAAAUGUUUGGACUGCUAUUCUAGAGUUUUUAUUUCUGGUGUGUUCGUUGCACAGCUGUUUGAAAUGUUUAAUAAAGCUUUAUAAACUUUA